GCGGAGUGGGAGAGAGUAGUAGUAACAGUCAGUGGGAGGGGAGAUUGCUGUCUUGUGAGGAGAUUAUUUAAAAAAAACAGAAAGAUCUCCCUCCGUACAUGUUAACAACAUUUAAAGAGGACACCGUGGGGGUAGCUUCGUAUUUAACCACUCGUUUUUUUUUACAAAAAGGAAUUAUUUAUAAAAGGUGCUAGGAGUUUGUGGGAGAUUCUUGUUUGAAAUAUGGAAGAGGGGUCCAGUGAAGGUGACAUGUUUACAGUUGAGCACGAGCUGAAGAACGCUAACUUAACAGGGCAUGCAGAAAAAGUUGGGAUAGAAAACUUUGAACUACUGAAAGUCCUUGGAACAGGAGCUUAUGGAAAAGUAUUUCUUGUGAGGAAAAUCAGUGGUCACGACACCGGAAAGCUUUUUGCCAUGAAGGUGCUGAAGAAGGCAACAAUAGUUCAAAAAGCAAAGACUGCAGAGCACACCAGGACAGAGCGUCAAGUAUUGGAACACAUUCGACAAUCACCUUUCCUUGUCACAUUACAUUAUGCUUUUCAGACAGAUACAAAACUCCAUCUUAUUUUAGGUCAUUAACAAAUUCAGAUGCUGUUGAUGAAUGACAUGGCAAGGGCGGAGGUGAGGGACGGGUAGUAGCUUCCAGAGUGUUUGGAGAGUGCAGACCAUGGCUUUGUUAUGCAAUUGUCUCAAUUUCAUCUGCAGAUGAAAAGGAGAUUGAAAGUUGAAUCUGCAUUUGUACUCACUUUUCUCUUGAGAGCGAAUCGCUGUGUCUCUACCGUUGCUCCAAAGCCAAGUGACACAGUUCUCCACAAGCUGCUCCAGCGUGGACACAUUUUACUGGACUUAGGUGAGUGUCUCAGGGCCAGAUGAGCUCUGCAGCCUCAGAAUCUAGUUUUAAGAAACAGGGAUUUUCUGAAGAGCUGGCAAAUGUUGUUGCCUUGUCAGGGACGUCGACUACAACAGAGCAGUCAGCCUAUGGAGUGUGAUUUAAUGAAGGCACUGCUGAAGAGGUGCUUACUGAUAUACAUGAGGAAUCAUGAGUCGACAAAUAGUAACAUGGAGCUUCUGGACAUGUGGCCUCCACUUAAGACAUGUUGCACAGGGCAUGUUAAGCGUUGCAAAAGCCAGUGCAACAGCUGGUGGCUGCACUGGGAAUAUACAGCAAAUCAAUUGGCAGUGAAAGUGAGGGAAUAGUCUGGACUUCAACCUUGAUGAAAGCUCUGAUUUCUGCUCUCAAGGCUUUGAAUACCGUGCUGGAACAUGCUAACAAGCAUAGCUUCUAGUUUCUUGCUGAGGCCUGACACACCCUGAGAACAGCUAACAAACAUUAUUGGAGCUGAAGAUCAAAACACUGGAAGGGCAGCAGGUGUGGCCCAACAGCCGGUUAUACUCUGGUUGAAAGUGUCACCUCAAGUUCUGACCUGCCAACAGGACAUAUGGAACUACCUAUAAAUGAGCGGCUGCACAAGGCAAUACCUUUGCCAUUACUGUCUCAACCAAUAACAACAUUGUUCUAUGAAUAGACUGUCUUGUACAAUGGCAAACCAUAGGACCACAACUGAUCAGCUCAGCAUCUUUUGCCUUGCUCCACCUUUUACAAUUCUGAACUUGGUGGAACAUAACACACACCAUUCUGAAUUGGAAAUGUAUUGCUGUACCAUCACCAUCACAAGGUCAAAAUCUUGGAAGUCCCUCCCUUAACGGAAUUGUGAAUGCACCUCCAGCCCAAGGACUGCAGGGUUAAAAGAAGGUUUGCUCACCAUCACCUUCUUGAGAGUAAUAAACAAUUGCUUAACUAGCGAUGCCUACUUUCCAUGCAUGGACAAAGCCAAACCGUGACCAAACAGUUAACUUUUUUUUCAGGAUCUGAGACAACAAAAGAGUCCCAGUAGACCUAAAUUGAGUAAGUAAACUCAUCGGUUGGUAUCCAGGAGAGUGCACACUGGUCUGGAACAGUUAAAUUGCUUAGCAACAUCCAAAUCAAAAUAAAUCUCUGGUUAAAUGGUCACCCAGUUGUAAUGGAGGUCGAAACUGGAACCGCUGUUUCAGUGAUUGCAGAAGCAGUAUUUCACAAAAUUCACUCUGGAUUCCAACCCUCAAGUUUGUGCAAGACCUCAGCUAGACUGAACCAGAGAACCUUUACAGAUUAAGGGUACAACUUCAGUUCUGGUCUCUUAUAAGAAGCAGCUGGUUCAGUUAUCACUGAGUGUAGUAAAAGGCUCAGGCCCAAGUAUAAUGGGGUGAAAUUGGUUGAGAAAAAUUCACCUAGAUUGGCACAUUUUUUGAUUAGAAAAUGGCUGUCUGAGUGAAGUCUUAAUUAAAUACCCGGAUGUUUUUCAAGAAGGUCUGGGGACUAUCAAAGGAGCCAAGAUCACCUUGCAUGUUGACCAGAAAGCAAUUCCACAACUCUGCAAGGGCUCACCCGGUGUCAUUUGCCUUACGAGCAAAAGUAGAGGCAGAAAUCAGAAGGCUGGAAAGUGAAGGAAUCAUCAAACCAGUCCAGUUUGCGAAUUGGCAGCACCAGUCAUACCAAUUGUGAAGCCCAACGGGCUUUAUGGGGAUUUUAAACAAACAGUAAAUCAUUUCUGGCAGCUGGAUAAAUUCCCAAACAUUUGCAUAGAGGAUUUAUACGCAAAGCUGGCAGGGGGUCUGUCCUUCAUGAAGCUGGACAUUAGCCACACAUACUUACAAUUGCGGGUAGGUAAGCAUUCCCAGGGGUAGUAAAAGCUCAUAGAUGGCACAAUGGAGAGGAAUGCCCAAUAACGUAUGCAUCCAGGACUUUGGCUUAUGCAGAGCAUUAACACAUCCAGAUAGAGAAGGAAGGUUUGGUGGUCAUAUUUGGAGACUGGAUAUUCCACCAAUACCUUUGCAGAUGUAAAUUUGAAAUAGUAAUGGACUACAAACCCCUGCUGGGUCUACUUAAAGAUAAUAAGGUAACGCCGCUCAUAGCUUCAAUCCGAGAUCAAUGGUGGGAUCUAAUAGAAAGCGCAGAUAAUUGCAAGUUUGAACACCAUCUAGGAAGCCAAAUAGCAAAUGCAGAUGUAUUGAUCCGCCUCCCAGUAGCAGAUACGCCACCGGUAGUACCACCACUGGAGGAGUCUGUAAUGGUUUUUAAUUUUCUGGACACAGUUCCAGUCACAAGCUGACAGACUUUAAAUGUAGAAAGAUAUGGUCUUGGAAAAACUGAAACAACUGGUUAUGAUGGGGGAAACCAAAAGGCUGUCACAACCAGAACUGAAACUUUUUUGAACCCAGAGAGACCAGAUCACAGUAGAGGACAACCCAUUAUUAUAGGGAGCAAGAGUGAUUGUCCCAAGCAAAGGUUGGUGCCAGAUACUGACUGACCCCUACUAGGGGUUUUUAAAAUGAGAAUGUUUGCGAGAAGUUAUGUCUGGUGGCCAGGAUUGGAUGCAGACAGCCGUGUUGGUGGGGCAGUGCCCAGGGUGCCAAUAAGGACAGGAAUUACCGCCAGCAGCUGCCACUCAUUUGUGGGAAUGGCUGAGUAAACCCUGGACUCGGUUACACGUCGACUAUGCAGGUCCUUUCAUGGGCUCAUUGUUCUCAGUCAUUGUGGUCACCCACUCAAAGUGGUUGGACGGAUAUGGAGUUCAUUCAUCAAACACAAGGAUGACGAUAGAAAAACUGCGUGUACCUUUUGCAAUACACGGACUCCCAGAAUUGUUGCUUAUGGAUAAUGGGCCCUCGUUUACCAGCAGGGAAUUUGAGAAUUUCCCCGAUUUACAAGGACAGGUCCAUACCAUCCAUCAUCUGAUUCUCUGACAGAAAAAGCAAUCUAUACUUUGAAGGCAGGCUUAAAGACACGACCUACAGCUUCACUAGACACCAAACUGUCCUGGUCCCCAUUUGAUUAUGGGACCCCACCCCUCAUGCAACUACAGGGAUAUCUCCAACAGAGUUGCUAAUGGGGAGAAGACUUCAUACCAGGUUAAAACUGAUCUUCCCGGACCUGGGGUGGAAGGUGAAAUAGCAUCAGGAACACCAGUGUGGGGCACAAGAUUCUGCUAAGCAAGAGAGACUGUUUACUUCAAGAGAUGAAGUUUGGCAUCAGAGACAUAGGAAUGGCCAUGCAUGGGUAAAGCGAGGUCAGGCCCAGUGACACAUAAAGUUCGGGUAUGUGUGACGGUCUUGAGCAAGCACAUGGACCAUAUGAAAGCUACAAACUCACAAACAGUGCAGGAGCAAAACGUGCCUGGCUCUUCGACAGCCUUUCCGACUGUUCCAGAACCUGUGGGUUCUCCCUCUCUGUCAAACGUUGAAGACACCUCACAAUCUCAGAUGGUCACAAAGGAUGUUGCCACCUCAUGCCUUUGUUGCCUGAAGAAGAGAAUGAAUAUCCUCCAAGACACUCCAAGCGCAGGAGGUGGGCCACUGCGCAUUACACGCCUCAAGCACAGAACUGGCAGAACCUGACCCCCCAGUGCUACAACACCCCUGGAGGAGCUACAAAAUAAAAAGUCUAUGUCCUCGGACUUCGGGGAAGGGAUGUAGUGAUUGUAAUGAGGUCAGCCAGGUAGAUCUAAUCUAAUGUGAGAUCCCUUAUUGGGGAUGUUAAUCUGGUCCAAUCAAGGAACCCUGGCUGACAGAUAAGAACAGGAGUGUCAGAGGUUCUCUUCACGCUGAGAGCUGGCUCUGAGGGAGCUGAAUCAGUGUCAAGGACUCUCCACGUGUAAAUAAAGGGUGACUUUGUAAUGGGAUAUCAGCCUAUGUGGAGUUAUUUCUCUUCUCUUUCUCAUUCUUUCUGUCAAGCUGAGGAGAAGCAGCCUGACUAGAAUAUUGUGACUACCACCUUGCUGACUGGCUUUUUUGCUGACUACCUUGAUUUUGAAUUUUAUUGCUGCAAAGUAAAACUUUGGUAAAUUUUGAUUACAGUUCUUUCAAUUUUUAAAAAAUGAAACCAUGCUUGAUCCAGGUUUGCAAUGCUGAUUAAUGUUCAAUAAAGUAAAUAGUAAAAAUUUCUAUAAAUUUAAAUUGCCGCAAUACACUGUAAUGAAAUUAUACCUCUCAAGGUCCAUUUAAGGUUUUAUUGGCAUUUUUGUAAACAUCUGCUCAAAUGCCUAAGUAGAGUUUAACUUUCUCCGCCAACGUUUGUAUGUGAUGUAUUCAUUUCCGGGUAAAUUUACUACUUCGAUAAAAAGCCGAUAUAGUGUGGAGCUAGAGGAACACAGCAGGUCAGGCAGCAUCAGAGAAGCAGGAAAGUCAAUGUUGCAGGUCAGGACCCUUCAUCAGGACUGUUUUUAUUUCUGUUUCUGGUUUAAAGUUUUUAUUUCUCUUAAAAGCCUUCUUUUUACAUAAUAAAGUCUUUGAAGGUAAAUAUUUGUCUUUUCCUCCUUCUUGCAACCUCUGUAGAGACACCCAUUUAAUAACCCAUGUACCACAACCCGCCAUCUAAUUUCUUCACCUACUCAAGUGACACUAUUUGUAAAGACUCCACGUCCUUUAACUGUCAAUCCAUAGUCCCGGAUCAUCAGCUUUCAUUGGUUCAUAUCUGCUAUCGACCCAUACAUCGCUGUAUGCCAAGAUUCAGGCAUUCUAUGAAAGUACAGUUCUGUAGGACCGAAAGACCAGGGUUGUUUAGGGGGAACCCUUCGAUCCAUCCAUGAACCUGGAGCAGCUGCACAGCAUGCAGUACACACUAUUCUUUCGUAUCUCUCCUUGGCUUUUAUCUGUGGGACACGAAAUUGUUAUAGCCACAGCUUCAAAGAGGCAUCUUUAUUGUGGAAACUCCAAUAGUCCAAUACCUUUUAUUCUGGACAAUGCACUCAACGACAAAGUUAACUGCAAUAAGAAUGUCACAAUAGCUCUUUUCAAAUUCACCCCAAAAAAAACCCCACAGGAUUCACAUGCAAGAUGUGCAUUGGGGAUUGUAGAUAAUCUAAACUUUUAAAGUGUUAAUUUACUGUUGAUUGUGAUGGGAUAUCUUGUAAUGUGAUAUGUCGCCAUCAUUCAUGACCCUCCCCCGCAUCCCCUGAACUUGGGAAAUGGCCAGCAGUCCUAUAGAAACCUAAUGUCUCCUGCUUUUCCUUUGCACCGAGUGCAUUAAAUUUACUGAGUUCUCUACUGUACUGAGUAGAAGAGGACAAUGAUUGCACUUUGACUAGUAUUGCACAACCUCCCUGUGAAUGCCUGCAGUGCCCUAGACCUGUAAAGGAUUGAAGGCCAUGGUCACCUCAUUUCAAUGGUUAAUACUUUGUUGAGUGUCGAUCAGAGUUUCAAAUCAUUGAUGGACAAGUCUCUAAGACAGCAAGUAUCCAGCUUUCUCUAGCUCAAUGGUCACAUGAUGCAUUCUUUGGACAACUUCAUUAAAGGGUUGUAGACUUUUUUGGUGCUUAGCUGUUUUGCUUGCCUGUUGUCUGUCUCUGGCUUUCUUCACUUUAUUUCUCCUUCACCUCUGUGAUAUUUAAUUUUAUAAAAUAUUUUCAUGGAAUGUGAACAUAACUAGCUUGACCAGCAAUUUUUUUUUUGUCUAUCCCUAAUUCCCCAUCAGAAGGAGGUGGUGAGCUGCCUUCUUGAGCCACUGCAGUCCUGGGGUGUAGGGACUCUCAGGAAUGUUUAAAAGGGAGAACCAAGAUUUUGACCCAGCAGCUAUUAAUGGACAAUGAUGUAGUUCCAAAUCAGAAUGCUGUUUAGGUUGGAGGGGCACUUACAGAUGGUGAUGCUGACCUUGUCCUUCUGGUGGAAGAGGUGAUAAAUUUCUGCGUCCCCACCUUAAUGAAUUUCGGGCACGACAGGACGCCGAACUGUUCUUCCACCGUCUUUGCAUCCGUGCUCAUUUCUUUGGACAAGAGUCCUCUCCCCAUCCCACAGACCCCUUUGCCCAACUCCAACACUCUCCUUCCACC